AUGCCGCCCGAAGAAUUACAAGCGGCUGCAGAUGCCUUGCAAAGAGCGAAACGUUCCGAAAGCCACUCGUCGUCGCAUUCGUACCAUCCCCAACAUUCCACCCAUCCUCGUUACCCCAAUGCCCAUCCAGGAAGCUCCACCUAUGGAUCGCAAGGAUCGAGCAAGGAUCCCUCAAGGGUGGCGUCGACGAAUCAUUCGCGGAUCCAUAGCCAAGCAAGCAGUGCGCAGUCAAGUCCGAAGCAUCAUGUGCGAGGGCGACGGCUUCUCAUGAAGGACAUGCCUGUUGGUGGCAUGAUUCUUGGUAGCGCUGGCGCCCGUGGGAAUGAAGCAGGCAAGGCAGACGUUACCGUUACCCAGCAAAGAUCAUCAAGGAGGCAAUCGCCUCAGGCUCCCAUCCACAUCAGCCCCACAUUUGUCUCAACCAUUCCUUUCUCUGCAGACGCUUACUCGGCGGGCGGACCAGAUGGGGCGAUGCAUUAUAUCCCUCAUAGCCACAUAGCCGCUCCUCAACCUAACCCACCUCAUGAACAGGCUACUUACGAACCUUACCCUGGACCAGGUCCUAAUGGAUAUCUGAACUAUGUGCCACAGAGCUACCCGCCAGGGCAGCAUAUAUAUCCACACUACGGAUAUUAUGGACAACCGUACGCCCACUGGAGUGUGCAGGAGCAGGUGGCUAUGUACCCGCCUUACGCUUCGUUUCAAGCAGAGCAGCAACGGCUUCCGCAGCAGCGAGCGCUACAUAACCCUGAAGGAAGUUUGCCUUCGCCCACAAUGAUCGUAAAACCGCCGCCGCGAGAGUCCGACGCUAUCGCUGGAUAUCGCGAGCUCGCACCUCCAAUAUCACGUGAACCAGACAAUAUGCCCAGCGUCGGAAUUGCUGUCGGGCCCAGAGGGAGGCGUGCGAACAACAUUGUUUUCGGGAGCAUCGGCGUAUCGGGAUCGAGCGAGAACCCCAGUCCGAUCUUGCCUGCCGCUCACUUGGUGGAGAAACCUGAGGAUAGUAGAGAAGGGAUUCUACCUGACGCGGGGGAAGAUGCGGAGAAGCCCGUCAUGAAGUUCUCGAUCGGGGUGGCCCUCGGCGAAGCUGGUCCAUCACAGUUGAGGCCAAGGAGACGUUCGCAGGCCCGGACUCGGGGAGAAACCGCUUUUGCAUCGUUAGGCAGUGGGGUGCAGGAGUCACAAGAGUCAUCAAACCAAGUAGGUGCAGAGGGCAAGGAGGUGCAGGUCAUCGACUUAACAGAUCCCGAGACGAAGUGGGAGUUCGGGACGACGAGGCGGGCUAAAGGCAAGGAUGCCGUCGCUAUUCCUGCAUCCUCGCCUGCUCUUGGGCCCGUGAAUGUAAUUUCUAACCCUGUCUCUGCGGUGGCGACUGGAGGGGCGCCGUUCAACGUUGGAAUACUGUUCAGCGGUCCAUCACAGCCCUCUCCACAACGUCUGGAUCAACCAUCCCCGCCACCGCUGCAGCACCCACCAUAUAUUUCGAUACCGCUGGAUGAUCUACAGCUUCACACGGGCAUGGGGCCUUACCCAGUUCGUAUGCCAUCCCAACAACCGUUAUCGGGAGAGAGUACAGACGAAUGGGAGGUCAAGGAUUUCGGCUACGGGUUUGGGAGGGCUAGCGGGACAGGGUAUGCGCCUGUAUUAGCAAAGGAGGAGAGGAUGAGGAGAGAGAGGGAACGUGAACGUGAACGUGAAAGAGAGAAGGGAAAGGAGUCGAGGGAGCAGGAAAGGGAGACCGUAAUUGGUGCGAAUGGUGCGGCAUCUGGUUUUGGGACGAGGCCGAGGAGGGGGUCGUAUACCGGUCACUUGGAACCACGACGCGGUUACGGAGGAUACGAGCGAGGUGGGUUUAGUCAUGACCGGGGAGGGUUCGGCGAGAGAGGCUAUGUUCGCGGUCGAGGGCGGGGUAUGGGCGCUGGGUAUGGAAGAGCGUGGUCUCAUGGCGCUUCGAGGGGUGGAUUCCGCGGGUAUAGUAAUGACUAUGCCCCCACCCACCAGUCGCCCCCGUUCACAGUCGCGCCUCCUCUGCCACCACUUCAAACCCUACCCCUCAAUGUGUCCACACUGACGCAGGGUGAGAUAUACUAUCCUCAACAGGAAUAUCAGGCAUACGUUCCACUUCAAGGGUACGAAGAGUACGCAUACCGGCCAUACGUACCCGCCUUCCCCCCUCCACCCGCUUCUGUGGCGGCUUCUGUUACUCCACCCCAACUCAUACCGAGGCCCAUAUCGGAAUUAACAUUUCCAUUGGACCCAACACGGUAUCACCUACUUGCGCAGCUGGAAUAUUAUCUGAGUCCGCAAAACUUGGCGUCAGAUUUCUUCUUGCGGCAGCAGAUGGACUCUCGCGGAUGGGUAUCGAUUCGUCUGUUGGCUUCGUUCAAUCGGGUCAAACAGUUGACGAUGGAUCUGCUGCUUGUGAGGGAGAUGUUGACGCUUUCAACAACUUUAGAGGUGAGUCCCGAUGGGGAGCACACACGGAUGGGUGCUGGGCAAUGGAAGCAGUUCAUGCUCCCCACUGCCGCAACGAGCGUCGUCGAGGGAGGCCUGGACACUAUAGGUGGGGAUGAAGCCAACGAAAGAGAGGGUGAGACCGUGGAUGGUGAGGACGGUGAUGUGGAAGUGGAUGAAGUGGAGGAAGAUGAAGUGGAGGAAGAUGAUGAGGAAGAUGAGGUUGAGUUUGUGAUGGGCGGAGAGGCAGGGCAGUUGCACCCUUGGGUCAUGGCUUCGUAGGACCUCCGUUCGUAUGAAGACGGGCCCCAGGACUAUAGAUUCCACUAUGGUGAAUCGAGGAACAAAACCUCACACGCUAAAUGAUUGUUCA